GUCAGAGGUUGGUUUGUAUGAGUGUUGGUGAGACGGGCUCGGCGGAGCGCUUGGUACUGGGGACUCGGGCGGGUGCGGAUCUGCAUCUGGAGCCGCGUCCAGUGGCAUGCGGUCAGCGUCCGGCACAGCGACACCAUGAUCCCGCAACUGAAGCGCGCGCUCCGGGAAAAUAACGCGUCUUACCGGGGAUCCAUCCCUCCGUGGAGCGCAUGUGUAAGGGCAGUGUUUUGCAGUCACCUGCGUUUACUAUGGCAUGUUUUGAUGUUUCUGACCGUCCUGUGUGUGGCGCUGCAGUUACUCAGUGCAGUUCGUCAGUCUCGGAACAAGACCAAACCAUCUGAUCACCAGGUGAUCAAUCCUCUUCAUGAUGAACAGCAAGAUGCUAAGUCUAUCAUGAAGAACCUUAAUGCGAACCAAGCAGCCUUCCGCCAUUUUCAGUGGAGUGGGAGAAAAGAAGAGGGAUUAAAUAGGGUUUCAGAACCUGUUCGACAUCUCACUAGCACUAACCCAAAGCUAGUGAUCAGAGUAGAUAUAGCACAUGAUCCCAAAGGCGAAUCAGUGGUUGGCCGGGAAGUCCCAAAACAAGCCCAUUUGCAGAAAGGAUUUCAAUUAGAACUUCAACCAGAACUUCAAUUAUCUGGUCAGAGGCAUGAUACCAAACAAGUUUCUAGCUUUUUGGCCAGUGUCCGAAACGGUACAUGUCAACCCACAAACCAUGUCGUCUUUCUGAAAACGCACAAGACGGCCAGCAGCACCAUCCUCAACAUCCUGUAUCGCUAUGGUGACACCCACAACUUGACCUUUGCACUGCCGGUAAACAUGCACAGCCAGCUCUACUACCCAAACUUCUUUAUGUCGCACUUCGUCGAGGGCAUGAAGUCUCACCGAGUGACCAAUUUCCACAUCAUGUGCAACCACAUGCGCUUCCGAGGGCCUGAGGUGAGAAAGGUCAUGCCCUUGGACACGUUUUACUUCUCCAUCCUGCGCAAUCCAGUGUCCAUGAUGGAGUCACUGUUCACGUACUACAAAUCAAUCCCAGCUUUCCACAAUUUCAAGACCCUCCAGGACUUUCUUCUUGACAAUGGGCACUCUUACAGCAAUACUGCACUUAGUAAUCACUACGCUCUUAACAUCCUGACCUUUGACUUCGGCUUCAACAACUCAGCACCACAGAGCGAAGAGGAACUGGACAAACGAGCUGUGGCUAUAAUUUCUGCAGUGGAGAGAGAAUUUCACCUCAUUCUGAUCUCUGAGUACUUUGACGAGUCUAUGGUGUUGCUCAGACACGCCCUCUGCUGGACACUGGAGGACGUCAUGUCAUUCCGCUUGAACAGCCGGAGUGAUAAAUCUCGCAAAUCACUGAGUGCGGAAAUGAUCGAGAAGGUGAAGAAGUGGAGCUCAUUAGAUUGGCGACUAUACCAACACUUCAACACUAGCUUCUGGAGGCGGAUAGAUACAUCGCUAGGACGUGCUAAGCUCCAAGAGGAAGUGAAGCUGCUCAGAGCUAAAAGGGCUGUACUAGAGCAAACCUGCCUUUUAGGGGGCAAGGCUGUGGAUCCAGCUCAGGUACGAGAUUCGUCAUUGAAGCCAUUUCAGUAUGGCCAAGCAGUUAUCCAGGGAUAUAACCUCCGCCCAGGCCUGGACAACAACACGCAUCAACUUUGUCAGAGGCUAAUCACUCCCGAGCUGCAGUACACCAUGGCUUUGUACAAAAAACAGUUUCCUGAUCUUGCUGCUAAGAUGGCUGCAAAACUAGUCAUAAAUUCUGCGAAAAAGAACAUGCAUCAUAAGGCACGAAAAGCUAAUGCACCUCAACUAGCCAAAGACAAUAGUGACUUUAAAGGUAAAGCUAACUUAGCUAAAGCAAAGCAAAAAAAAAAACUAAAAUGAACCUGAACCUGACAUUAAACAGCAGAUUAUGCUAAACGUGCCUUAGCCGAUUCUGCUGCACGCGUUAAUGACCUCUCAAUGUUGUGGAGAAGAUUUUUGCUAAAGGUCUUAAAUAUGGUGUUCAGAAAAAAAAUACAAAUGAAUGUUAAAUGCUGUUUAUGCCAAACUGAUCAAUUGGUGGUUCUUUUAUAUUUGAUUAGCUUUGCUAGAUCCAAUUGGGUCUUAAAAUUGUGGCUAAUUUGUUAGCUGGGGGAAUAUUUGUAUAUUUUUCACUGUAUUUCAGAAAACUAAGCACUCCAGACUACACUUUGACUUCUUCUUCUUCUUCUUCUUAUUAUUAUUAUUAUUAGUAUUAUGCUGAUGUGAACUGGCCCUAAUUUUGUAUGCUAACAGUAUAAUCAUGAAUUUGUUUCAAAUCCUCAAAAAAAAAGUUUACUGUGAGAUGGGAAAUACGGGUUUAAGUCCUCUGAAUGAGAAAAAUCAGACCAAAUAUCACAAUUUAAAUGCUGAUUUAUUUAUUUAUUUAUUUUCGGAAAACAUUUAGUUUUCUCUCAGUAAACAAUUCAGUGGUCAUAAAUCUCAAUUUAGAAAGCAGUGAAGCACUUCAGUCUUUUAUUUUUGCCUGUAUGAGGUCUAUAAAUGCAGCUGAUUUGAAUUUCAUAUUUGAAAAACAGGGCAAAAUAAAUCUGAUCUUGGCUUUGGGGGGGAGAAAUCAACCCAAACAAUGCUAUUAAUAUCACUUCUAUAGAACUUAUUUAUUCAUAAUAAUGAAUGAUUUGGACGCAAAACUACAGAACUUUUUAAAUUUCUUUCUAUAAGGACACAAGGUCCUGUUUUAUUGUUCUCUUUAAAAUGUAAUUGAAUAUGUGAUAUGUUCGUAAUAAUUAUGAGUAAUACAUAUGUUGGGCCUCAUUUUUCAAUCUUCUGGUAAAGUUGUGUUGAAAUGUUUAAAUUUGCUAAAACUAAACUAAAAAUUUAUGUCAAAGUUUGUUGACCGAUUGUUUUCAUUCUCAGAUGUGUAUGAUGUGAAAGGCCAAUCAGCUGUGAAACACAUCGAUGGGUACAACUGGUUGACGUUUAGCCACACCUGCAAAAUUCCAUAAAAGUCCUCAGAGAACUAAAAAUGACAAAGUGAUGAAUAAACAUUAAAAAGUAAAUCUUCCAGUAAUGCAGCUCAGCCACCACAGCUCAUCAGGCACACACACUCGAACACUUACUACUUUCACAGGGUGCCAUUACUUUUGUUUACUUUUUUUCUCUUAAUUUAGGGAUUUGCUUUGGAUCCCGUUCUUUCAAGUAAUAUGAUUUAUCAAUAUAAAAUCAACGUGCGUCACAAAACAUUCAUUUUGUUAUUAAUUUGUAAAUAAAUAAGCAAUUUAAAUUAGAUGGGGUAAUUUCUACAUGAAAUCAACAUUUAAAUCUAUCGAAGUCAACAGUUGUACGAUAUGGAGGCUGUCAAUAGAGUUUCACACUAGUAAUAAGUAAAUGUACACAAAGGUGUUCUUGUAGAAUAUGAAUGCAAACAGAAUUUUCAUAAACACCAUAUUUAUUUGCCUCAAAAUGCUCGUAUGAUAAAUUUGUUUGUAUUGAUAAAUGAGGUCCAAUGUAGAUGAAAAAUGCAAUUACGGAGAAUUGUGUAACUCAAUUUUGCUCUGGCGAGAAUGGAACUAAUCAGUCCCUCCUGGUGUGUGUGGAAUUUUCAAAAUUUAGAUUUCUGAUUUGCGGAAUUUUCAAAAUCGGAAGUACAGAAUUUUUUCUUUUAUUCUGUUUCCAGCGAAGACAAGUGUAUAUAAUGACUUUCUGUGAUCGCUGUACUCUUCUUUUCACACACGUGAAUCACAUGAAGCAGCUGUUGGCUGAAUUUUUUUAUUUGAUUUGUUCUGGCCCAAAUCUGUGGAAAAUUUGCGGUAAUUCACACAAAAAUCGCAAGUUAAUACAAAUAUAUUUAAUUUCUGCGAUGGCAAAACCGAAAAAUCGUGGAGGGACUGAUUAAUGAGACUACUUAUUUUGGAUUAGAUGAUAUCAUAUGUAAAAUGUAAAAUAUAUUUCAACUGUUCCUGUUUGUCCAAAAGACAUUUUAAAUUAUAUAUAUAUAUAUAUAUAUAUAUAUAUAUAUAAAAUUAGAGAAAUUGAAGCAAAUAUUUUUUGUAUUGUUCCACUUUUUGUAAAAGUUGAAGGGAAAAAAAGGUCAUUCAACAAAUAUAGCACAUAAAGGCUAAUUGGGUUUCCAUAUUUGGCAGACCCUUUGGCUAACUUUGGAACGCUGAAUACUUGUGGGAUAAGUGAUAGGAUUUGUGUCAGAAGUAUUCAUCAUUAUAAUUUAAGAGGACAAAAGAAUUUAAAAAGACUUUAGAAUUUAGAAAUUAGCUUGCAUUCUAUUAGCUUAGCUAAAGUGUUCCCCACUUUCUGAGUACUUGUAAGGGAUUUUUUGCGCUAGCAUUUUUUAUUAGUGGACAGCUUUUUCAUGAGUGCUGUGCUAGUUUUGUAAUUAGCGGUACACAGGGUGGUGUUGCUGUGGUCGAAAUUAAGGAAGACUUGAAUUAUUAGCAUGAGUUGAGCGUUUCCAAUCAGCGAAACACCAUCACAGAGAAAUCUGUUUCACUACUUGGUUCCUUUUAAGUUUUAAUUAGCUUUAUUUGAGUUUACUUGUGACACAAAUCUGACCCGAUCAACACUGCCACCCAAAACUCUAAUUCUUCUUAAAAAAAUGUACACAUCUGUGUGAAUUUCAAAUUUCGCGUCUUUUAGAUUCUGUGUAAAUUGGGACUAUUUCUUCCAUGCUUUAUUUACAGCGUGACUAUUUAUUUUUCCUUUGUUGUUACUGUUGCAUUCAAAAAAAAAAACAAAAAAAAAUGACCAAUACUGCUAAAUGCCUUUUUAGCAAUGUUUUCAAAUUCUGCUUUAAUGUUUAACGUAAUGUUUUGCCAAUGAAACAAAUUUUCCUUUUCCAUUCCACUUACUCUAAGGUAAUUAUUUGAACACAGUUUAUGUCCAAACGUAGCUUCUAAUUGAGCGUAGGCUAAUAAUUGAGGUUUAUUAGCAUUGUGCUAACUGUAUACCAAAAUGUUUGUGGAUGUUGACUGAUAUUUGUGUAUUUAAGUUUAACUAUUGAUUUAUUCUGUAGUUUAAUUAUUUCAGUAGGCAGUUAGCAUGAUGCUGAAUGAUACCAUAACUUGUAAGCUUGUCAGUCUGGUAAAAAAAUAUUUGGAAAGUACAUCUGAAGUCAGAUGAACUUCUUGUUGUUUAAUUACCUAAAACAUUUCUAUUUAAUAUUUAUAGAUAUAUUUUGAUUUUAAGAAAAUCACCUGAAAUGCAACAUUUGAAUAAGUAAUUUUUAAUGCUGAUUAAUUUUCCUAGACUGAAAUCUUAUGAUAAAUUUUGAAUUUUAUCACUAAAUAGUUUCAGAAUUUUUUUUCAAAACAUUCUUUUUUUUUUUUUAAUUUUAUUACCAAAGUACUCAGUUAACAAGUUUGCGAAAUUUAUAAAGUUGGCAAAACCUAGAAUUGUUUUAAUUUAUUUUUUAAGAUUUGGGGAAAACUUCUUAAAUGCUGUCUGUACAAUAUUAAAAAAAUAAUAAUGAUGAUAUCUGUCGGAGCAGACUGGUUUU